GCUUCCAGUAUUCGUUCCAUCGGUACUCAUCGCAGAACACCAAGACCGAAGACCAAGCAAGAAGACAGCUUCCGGUAAUCACUGCAACAUUCACCAUGACGAUUGUGGAGAUGUGCGUGCAUAUGGAUUGCGCAGGUUGUGAAAGCAAGAUAAGGAAAGCCCUGCAGAAGUUAGAAGGAGUUGACAAUGUGGAGAUCGAUAUGGGAAGUCAGAAGGUGACGGUGACGGGAUAUGUUGACCAGAAAAAGGUGCUCAAGGCGGUGAGGAGGACGGGGAGGAGGGCGGUGCUAUGGCCUUACCAGUACAGCGCCGAGCAACACCACACCUUCAACCACCAGUACCACCAGCACCACCCGGCACUGGCUCAGGCCGGCGUCAGUGGCCCGUCUUCUUCCUAUAACUACUACAAGCAUGGCUACGACGACUCUCGCAUACAUGGAUACUACCAGCAGCCUGCCAUGACUGGGAACAGGACUGGAGAUAUCUUCAGUGAUGAGAAUCCAAAUGCUUGUUCUGUCAUGUGAUCUUCAUCUUGUUUUUCUUGUUCCACGUUGUGCUUCAUAAGAUUACACUUACGAAAACUCGCCAUAGUUGAAUCUCACAAUGGAUCAAGGAAUUUUUUUUUUUGACAUGAUUGUAUCGGAGGGAGAAAAUUAGAGUUGGAGCUACGCAAACAAAAAUUGAUUUGAAGUUUGGAGUUCA